AUGUCAUCAAUGGGAGAAGGAGAACAUUCAACAUCCUCCUCAACAGAGGACCACGUCUACACAGAGAUCGUUCAGUUUAUUGAUCACAAUGGAGAGAUUAUAAAGGAAGAGACUGAUAACAAGAAAUCAUUCUUGUCUUGUUUGUCAGAGAGAAAUGACUUUUUGAAGAGUGGAUUCGAUUACUCUGUGAUUGCGAUCUUGGGUCCACAGUCUAGUGGAAAGAGUACAUUGCUAAACUUGUUGUUCAAGACAAAGUUUGCUGUGAUGGAUAGCUCUCAUGGUAGACGUCAGACCACACAGGGUGUCUGGAUGGGCAUUGCCAAUAUGGAGACGGCACCAGAGACCUACCUGAUUCUGGAUGUUGAGGGUACUGAUGGUCGUGAGCGUGGUGAGGAUGAGAAGGCAUUCGAGCGUAAGACCUCUCUAUUCUCCCUGGUCCUCUCAUCCGUGCUCAUCAUCAACAUGUGGGUACACGACAUUGGACGUUACAACGCUGCCAACAUCUCAUUGCUAAAGACUGUCUUUGAGCUCAACCUACAGUUGUUCCAAAAGAAGAGCAAUCACAAGACACUUUUGUUGUUUAUUAUCAGAGACCACGAUGGUCAGACACCCUUGGAGCAGCUCAGAGACACCUUGUUGCAAGAUGUCACCAAUGUUUGGACAGAGUUGUCAAAGCCCAAGGACUUUGUUCAUUCAAAGGCAACAGAUUUCUUUGACUUUGAGUUCACAUCGUUGCCACACAAGGUCUACUGCCCAGAGCAGUUCUUGGAGCAGGCCGCCCAGUUGAAGGGCCGUUUCUUGGACUCGUCGGCACCAGACUACAUCCCCAAGAAGCAGUACAGACAUGAUAUCCCAUCGGAUGGUCUCUACCAAUACUCAAACAACGUUUGGGAGACGAUCAAGACCAACAAGGAUCUGGACCUGCCCUCCCAGAAGGAGAUGCUGGCACUGUUCCGUUGUGACGAGUUUGUCGAGGCCUCCUACAACAGCUUCCUGGCCGAGCUCAAGCCGGUUCGCGAGAAGAUCGAGCGCGGCAAGUUAUUCGAGAAGUACGGUGAGACUGGCAAGCGUCUUUUGCAGCAGUGUCUCGAGCUGUACGACAUCCCCGCGUCGAGGUACCACGAGGAGACAGCGGCCAAGAAGCGCUCGGGUCUCAACGACCGCGCCAUGCUCGAGUUGAAGACCCUGUUCAACAAGCAGAUGGAGAAGUUGUACGAGCAGUCCAUCGACUUUUACAAGUCACUGGUGCAGGACACCGUCGCCAACAAGAAGUCCGACGCGCCAGGCGCUCAGCUGAUUCCACACUUUUCUGUGUGGUCCAAGAGCAUCAAGCAGCAGACAUUGGAGUACUAUGAGCGAUUCGCCAAGGAGUCUGUUGUUCCCGGUUCGUCGUGGGACUACCAGCCCGACCUGGACCAACUCGAGGAGAAGAUCACCAAGGAGCUCGAGGCACUGCGUGAGAGCCAGUUGAACAAGUUGGCCAAGUUCAUGAGGGACGUUGUGUUCCAACAGAUCAACCCACAGCUCAUCAAGCUGACAGAGCAAGCCAAGGAUGAUAUGUGGCGCAAGAUUGCCGAGUUGUUGUCCGAGUCAUUGUCAAAGAAUGAGAGUGAUUACAGAAAGAGACUUGAAGACUUUGAUGUAAAGGAAGAGGACAUUGAGGAUACAUUGGUAGCAUUCAGGUCUAAUGCCAAGGAUCAGUUGAAGGCAAAGAUGAAGGAGAGAGUUGAGUUCUUGAAGCUUAGGAUGAGAAAGAGAUUCGAGGAGACAUUCAGCUUUGAUGACAAGAAGCUGCCGAGAAAGUGGUCCAAGCAUGACGACAUUGCAAAGAUCUUUGAGGAAGCUAGAUUCAAUGCUGAGAAGCUGAUCGAUCUAUUCUCCUAUAUGAGACUGCAAGAGGAGGAGUUUGAAUUCACAUUCUUCACAAAGGAGGACGCUGAUGAGUCGUCCUCUUCAUCAGCCUCUUCAUCGUCAAAGACAUCGGUGCCAUCAGUCAUCAUCCAACCAUCUCAGAUUAUCAUGACCUAUGAGCAAUGCGUCGACUUGGUGGACAACUUUAGACUGGACACAAAGACUGACUAUAUGAAUGCUCUCAAUGACCAGGCAAAGGCUUCGAGCAGCGGUGGAGUACCAGGCUACAUCAUACUAUUACUCUGUAUUUUAGGAUUCAACGAAUUCAUUGCAGUCAUUACCAAUCCACUCUUGUUGGUCCUGACGAUCCUGGUUGGAUCAGGUGCCUUUGUCCUUCACAAGCUCAACAUGACCGGACCAUUCAUCGAUUUUGCCAGUUCGCUAGUGGUGCACGUCAUGAACAAGAUCAAGGACAUCAUCAUGCAAGUUGAGCACCUCUCUCAGCAUCAUCCAGAAUCACGUGAUUCAUCAAAGAAGAAGAAGGACUAA